CGACAUCCCUUGCCUCGCCCCCACUCCUCAGCGCCGGGAUACCGAGAAUGCCCCUGGACCCCGACCACUCGCCGUCGCCGCCGCCGCAGCCGCCGCACCGCGACUGGUUCUUCCCGCCGGCGCCGCCCUUCCUCCCCUCCUCCUCCAGGUCCCUCGCCCCCAGGGCCCCCUUCCCCUCCACCUCCCGCUCCUACAAGCCCUACUCGCCCGCCGACCGCCGCCCGCUCCCGCCCCCCCGCUCCCGCUCCCCACACCCCUCGCCGGAGCAGCAGUCGCCGCAGCCCCCCUCCGCGCCGCGCCUCCGGGGCUGGGACCCCCGCUACGCGGGCGUCCGCCGCGGCGAUGCGCCCGCAGCUGCUGCCGCGCCGCCGGCUGCCCCGCCGGCGGUGCCCGAGAGGAAGUCGCCCCCGGCGUCGGCGCUCACCCUUCGGUGGUCCGGGAUGCUCUCCGCGGCGGCCAUUCUCCUCUGCUUCGCCUCCCUCCUCCACAGGAACUUCUCGCUGCACGACCAGGUCCACCAUUUGCGGGGACAGCUUGGUGCGGCCACCGCGAAGUUGCAGUCAUGUAUCGUCGUCAUGGACUCGUCGCUGGACAUGAGCAGCGUGUUUUCGUACGAGAGCAACGACGAGUUUGUGCCCAGCAGAAGCCUGAAGAAUUUCUCCCUGCUGCUCUCGCUGUCCGCGCUGUAUGCGCCGAUAGUUAUUCUCAAGUACAUCGACAUUCUGUCCAAGCUGAGGAGAUCACGACACUCUGAAGAUGUCGCCUUCAACAAGCGGUUGGCGUACAGAGUAGAUAUAUUUUUGUCGCUUCAUCCAUACGCUAAACCCUUGGUUCUUCUUGUCGGUACAAUGUUGCUUAUCGGUCUUGGUGGACUCGCUCUUUAUGGGGUUACUGAUGAUAGCUUAUCGGAUUGCCUCUGGUUAUCGUGGACCUUUGUGGCUGAUGCGGGAAACCAUGCAAAUGCCGUUGGCGUUGGACCUAAGUUGGUUUCAGUUUCAAUCAGUAUUGGUGGGAUGUUGGUUUUUGCCAUGAUGCUUGGUCUUGUGACUGAUUCAAUCUCAGAGAAGUUUGAUUCUUUGAGGAAAGGAAGGAGCGAGGUCAUAGAGCAGAGUCACACCCUGAUCCUUGGGUGGAGUGACAAGUUGGGAUCUUUACUGAACCAAAUUUGUAUUGCUAACGAAAGUUUGGGAGGAGGGACUAUCGUAGUGAUGGCCGAGAGAGACAAAGAGGAAAUGGAAGCAGAUAUUGCUAAAAUGGAGUUUGACUUGAAAGGAACGGCUGUAAUAUGCAGAAGUGGAAGCCCUUUGAUUCUGGCUGACUUGAAAAAGGUCUCAGUUUCUAAGGCGCGUGCAAUUGUGGUUUUAGCUGAAGAAGGAAAUGCUGACCAGAGUGAUGCCCGAGCACUGCGAAUAGUCUUGAGUUUAACUGGAGUUAAAGAAGGACUAAGAGGUCACAUUGUCGUUGAGCUUAGUGAUCUUGACAAUGAAGUGCUAGUCAAACUUGUUGGUGGAGACCUUGUGGAAACUGUUGUUGCACAUGAUGUAAUAGGUCGGUUGAUGAUACAAUGCGCGCGUCAGCCGGGCCUUGCUCAGAUAUGGGAAGAUAUCCUUGGCUUCGAGAACUGUGAGUUCUACAUUAAAAGAUGGCCUCAGUUGGUCGGAAUGCAAUUUGAAGAUGUGCUGAUUAGUUUUCCUGAUGCUGUUCCAUGUGGAAUAAAGAUGGCAUCUUACGGGGGGAAGAUUAUUUUAAAUCCUGAUGAUUGUUAUGUCUUGCAAGAGGGCGAUGAGGUGAUAGUAAUUGCAGAGGAUGAUGAUACAUAUACCCCAGCACCGUUACCCAAGGUUAAAGAAGCUGUUUACAUAGACAUUGUUCGCCAUGAAAGAAACUCCCAGAAGAUUCUUCUUUGUGGAAUGCGACGGGAUAUAGAUGAUAUGAUUGUGGUACUGGAUGCUUUCCUAGCUCCAGGGUCAGAGUUGUGGAUGUUCAAUGAUGUCGCUGAGAUAGAUAGAGAAAGAAAGCUAAUUGAAGGAGGUCUGGACUUUAGUCGUCUUGAAAAUAUUACAUUGGUUCAUCGAGAAGGAAAUGCUGUUAUUCGCCGUCACUUGGAGAGCCUCCCUUUAGAGUCGUUUGAUUCUAUAUUGAUUUUGGCAGAUGAAUCUGUAGAAGAUUCAGCAAUCCAAGCUGAUUCGAGGUCUCUUGCAACGUUACUGUUGAUCAGAGAUAUUCAGGCAAAACGGCUUCCAUACAAGGAAGCGAUUGGUUCAGAUGGUUUCCGAAGAAGCUUAUCAGAAGGUUCUUGGAUGGGAGAGAUGCAACAAGCAUCUGAUAAAUCUGUUAUAAUCAGUGAGAUAUUGGAUCCUAGGACUAAAAAUUUGUUAUACAUGUCAAAAAUAAGUGACUAUGUUCUUUCAAAUGAACUCGUGAGCAUGGCAUUGGCAAUGGUCGCAGAAGAUCGCCAAAUAAAUUAUGUGUUGGAGGAGCUCUUUGCUGAACAGGGGAAUGAACUGCAAAUACGACAAUCUGACCUGUACCUUCGAGAAGACGAGGAGCUAAACUUCUUCGAGGUCAUGCUACGAGCUAGGCAGAGGAAAGAGGUUGUCAUCGGGUACCGUCUCGAGGACGCCGAGCGUGCCAUAAUCAAUCCACCAGACAAAGUUUCAAGGAGAAGGUGGUCACCCAAGGAUGUUUUUGUCGCUAUAGCCGAGAAAGAAUGAAAUAUCAUCAGACAAAAUAUUACAAUUAAAAUACACGCCUCGCUGAUAACUCGGAUGAAACCGACAGUAACAGCGGACGGCUGUUGCAUGGCGUGCCGCCACAUCCGAAAGAUGAACAAGGGCUGAGUGUGGAGGUAGCAAAGCAGGAAGUAUAUACUGGGGCAAAUCUAGAGUCUAGAUGCACCAAGCCACCUUUGCGUAUAGAUUCAGUUUAUAGUAUAUUCCUGUGUGAGAAACUUUGGGAGCAUCAUUUCCACAGUCCUAGGUAAAGGCCACAUAGAGAUGAACAUUCAUGUGGCAUGUGGGAUCUGGAGUUUUUAGGGGCUGUAGUUUAAUUUGUUGUACUCUGGGUAUAGACUUCAGUGUUCGUUAAACGGACCAAUUGUAUACCAAGUGUACAUUUGAGAAAAAAAACAUGUUCUAUUGUCACAAA